AUGUUCCGCCCUCCCCAAGACCCUACGCUCCCUGUUUUCAAUGGCGGUGAAGGAGGAGGAGGAGGAAGAGGAGAUGUUCCAUGGAGUAACGGCGGGCGGUGGGAUGAGUGGGGACUCCUGAGUCGGCGACACCGGCAAGCGCAACGAAGAGGCAUUAUUUCGUGCGGGUUGCCUUGUUUCUGUCCUAUCUAUCUGACGACGAUUAUGAUACCGUCCGUCGUCGCGAAUACCUUGUUGCUCGUGUCCAAUUUAGUCGUGGUUGACAGGCUAGACUCGUGCGACGUGUCGGAUCUCAGCUCAAGUAACCACACGUAUCCCUGCUACAUUAGUCCAGGAUCGAGUUUGAGGAAUAUUCCUGCAGCACCAGGAGAAAUAACUGAUGAAAAUGAGAUUGAAGAGCAGUUGGACAGCAUGGCUCUGCAGUUUUUACAACAAGCCAAGGAUAAUCAAAGGCAGGUUGUUGAUUUGAUCGAGUCAGGAGGCUGGGAGAAGACCCAGAUCCGAGACGGAAUCAAGCUGAGGCGGCUUUUUCAUACCGUCCACAGACGCUAUGUUUACCUAACCGAGCUUGAAGUUAGCAUAGAAAUCAAGACAUGCUUCCAGGUGACAAUCGAAAAUAGCGAGACGCAGCACGAGUGGAAUCCUGGGAUGAAGCAAGUGAAAACCAUACACAAGAUCAACGAGAACACGGUUUUGACGCAUCAGGUGACAAGUCCUGAAUUGGCCGGCUUGAUAAGCCCCAGGGAAAUGUUGCUGCUCACUCAGUGGUCUCUGCUCAAUGAUUCCUCGUACCUCAUUUCGUAUGCCAGUACCGAGUGGCCGGAAUUUAAGCCAAAUUAUGACUAUGUCUUGGCCUACAAUGGACCAAGUGGGUUUUUGUUCGUGCCCCUUGCUGGAAAUAGAACCCGGGUGUUGUGGCUGUUCAAUGCGGACCUCAAGUACAAUAGCGUGCCUUCAAGCAUCAUCAACGCACUCGCUCCCAGUGCGGUCAUCAACUACAUGAAACACUGGAGACAAUUUCUCCUCUCUCAUUUACCCUCUUGAGCACAUUUGAAAAGGAAGAAUCUCCCCCUGCCCCAUCAUUCUUGGCUCGCGUCGGAUUUUUGCAUUAAUUUCUCGACGACGGAAAGGACAUUUUCUUGAGGCAUUCAGCCCUUUUCUUGGGGGGAAAAAAAUAUCAGGGAUUUCUUUCGAGCUUUGCGCACCCGAUUCCGAAAUAAUGCUUUGAUAUUUUGCGGACUGACGAAUAACGUUCCUUGUGUGACGAAAAGACCCUCAUGGUUUUCUAAUUUUUUGGCAACAAAAGAGUUCAUAUAUCCCAACGUAUGUGAGCCCUGGACGAAAACCAUUGAGUUUUUUUCGAUGUUUGGUUACUUUUGGUUGAUAAUUAUCGAUUCUUUGAACACGAGGGAAGGUAAAAAUUUUGUUUGAAAGUCUGGUCUGUGAAUGGGCGAAUAAUGCGCCUAUGAACUCAACGUGUGCUUCUGAUGGUGGCUAAAUGGACAAAAUGUAUUCAAGAGUA